AUGGUUUGCUACCAACAUCCAUUAGAUAUUGUAUUCGUCCUCGAUGCCUCAUCCUCCGUAUGGGCCCAGAACUUCACCAAAGCCAAGGCUUUCGUCAACAGCUUCAUUGAUCCAUAUGAGAUUGGUCCAUCAAAGGUCCGAGUUGCUUUCGAAACAUACGGUCAAAAGGUCUUCCUUGACCAAAUUAUCGAAUUUGGGGAAUUCGACAAUAAGGCUUCUCUCCAACAAAGAAUCAGAGAUAUCAAAUGGGAAGCUGGUUUCAGAACCGAAACAGGAAUGGGUCUUGCCUACAUGAGAGAUCAUCUGUUUAAAAAAGCUCGACCAGGAGUUCCCCAUAUAUGUAUCGUCAUUACUGAUGGUGAAUCACAAGAGCCAGACAAGACCGCCAAGGAAGCUCUAGGUGCACGCCAGGCUGGUAUUGAUAUUUUUGCUAUUGGUGUCAGUGAGUCCGUCAACAGACAAGAACUGAACAACAUUGCUGGAUCCCCAGACCGAGUCAUCAUCGUCAAAACCUACGGUGAAUUGGAAGCCAUCAAAGACAAACUUUCUGGUCAAACCUGCAAGAAAAUCCCAACCCCAGCACCAACACAAGCUGCAGAAGAAUGUGGCAAAGAUACACCAACUGAUAUUUACUACGUUUUCGACCCAGCAUCCCUUGGUUUGGACAUCACCGGAUGGGUUACCCAAUUCAUCACCUACACCCUUGAAGUCCGAGAAUUUAAAUUCAUGAGAAUGGGAGUUAUCAGUGGUUCAUGUCCAAUCGAUUCCGGAUUCAGUUUGAAUACAUAUUCUUCCAACAGAAAGAUCAGAAAGCACUUGGCUAGAUACGACUCCUCCAGACUUCCAGCCCUCAUCGGAUCUGUUCCCGGUAAAUUCAACCAAGCAAGAUCUAGUGGCCGAAAGGUUGCUGUUAUCUUUAUUGGUGGUAAGGUCGAUGCCAUGGCUGUUAUCGAACAAGCUGAAGCUGCCCAUGCCGCUGGCAUUGAUGUCUUCUUCGCUGGUCACGAAACUGCUGAUAGAAACCUUCUUAAUGCUUUGGAAGAAAUUGGAUUCGGACAACGACUCUUCCUUAACGGAUACAGCGCCAGAGGUCAAGCCGCUCAAUUCGUUGAGGCUUUAUGCAGUAAGUAG